AUGUCUGCCGGCGAAGAAGACCUCAUCGACUACUCCGACGAGGAGCUUCAGCCCACCGACGGCGCGACCGCGACUGGCGCACCUGGAGCUGCCGCUAAUGGCGAGGCCAAAAAGGGCGACCUGACCGUGUCUGGAUCUGGCGCCGCGCAGGCCAAGGGCAGCUACGUUGGUAUCAACUCCGCCAGUUUCCGUGACUUCCUCCUGAAGCCGGAACUCCUCAAGGCCAUCACGGACUGUGGUUUCGAGCAUCCAUCAGAGGCUGGCGAGGCACUACCUGGAAGCACCCGUGCUUGUUUGAGCCCUGCUAAGCGGAGGCACGAAGAUAUGUACUACGUCUGUGGUUACAUACUCUGCUGUGCAGUGCUGGCGGGAGCAUAUGACGUAAAGUCUAUGCAGGAAGGCCGCUUUGUGGGAGAAAGGCACGUUAAGGAGAGCCUUGUGCAAAAGAGGCGGAAUGCGCCAUUGCUUCCAAGCACUUUUAAAGCAUUGAAAACGGUGGGCAAGGACGAUGGAUGGACGCUUCGGACACAGCUGUUUUCGCGCAUACACAAUGGACGAACAGAAUCUAACAUCUCCCUCCAGUCCAACAAGUCUGCAUUCCUCAGGCCAUUCUCGGAACCGACGUGCUCUGUCAGGCAAAGUCCGGUCUUGCAGAUCGAGCCGGUCGCCGGUGAGGCCAGCGUGUUGGUCAUGUGCCACACCCGUGAGUUGGCCUUCCAAAUCAAGAAUGAAUACGCACGAUUCAGCAAGUACAUGCCAGAGGUGAAGACCGCUGUCUUCUAUGGAGGCACAGACAUCAACAAGGACAAGGCGAUGCUGAAGGAUAAGGAGACUCACCCGCACAUCAUUGUUGCAACCCCCGGUCGUCUCAAUGGCCUCGUCCGCGAGAAGGCUCUCCGACUCGGCAGCGUGUCCCGCUUCGUCCUCGAUGAGUGUGACAAGAUGCUCGACCAGAUUGACAUGCGCCGCGACGUGCAGGAAAUCUUCCGCGCAACUCCUACUCAGAAACAAGUCAUGAUGUUUUCUGCCACUCUAUCUCAAGCCACACGCCCAAUCUGCAAGAAGUUCAUGCAGAAUCCUCUGGAGAUCUAUGUGGACGACGAAGAGAAGUUGACUCUGCACGGUCUUCAGCAGUACUACAUCAAGUGUGACGAAGGCGAGAAGAACCGAAAGCUCAACGACCUGCUCGACACGCUUCAGUAUAACCAGGUGAUCAUCUUCGUCAAGAACACGCUGCGAUGUGGUGAGCUGGACCGACUUCUGCGAGAAUGCAACUUCCCGUCCAUUGCUGUGCACUCUGGUGUCAGCCAAGAAGAGCGUAUCAAGCGCUAUCAAGCCUUCAAGAACUACGACAAGCGUAUCUGUGUCAGCACGGACGUCUUCGGUCGUGGUAUUGACAUCGAGCGCAUCAACUUGGCCAUCAACUACGACAUGCCCGAGUCUGUCGAAAAGGGCGCCGACCCAGAGGCAAAAGAAGCGUUGGCCUCGUCGGCCGACACAUACCUCCACCGUGUUGGUCGUGCUGGACGUUUCGGUACCAAGGGUGUCGCUAUCAGCUUCGUUACCAAUGACCGCGACAAGAAAGUCAUCGCCGAGAUCGAGAGCAGGUUCGGAAAGGCCAUCGACGAGUACCCAGAGGAUGGCAAGGUCGAUGUCAAGGGAGGCGACCAGUAG